GCGGAGCGCGGGGCGGCGGCGAGACGCGCGAGAUGGAGGCGGCGGGCGGGAGCCCGUGGGCCCUGGGGCUGCUGCGCACCUUCGACGCGGGCGAGUUCGCGGGCUGGGAGAAGGUCGGCUCGGGCGGCUUCGGGCAGGUGUACAAGGUGCGCCACGUCCACUGGAAGACGUGGCUCGCCAUCAAGUGCUCGCCGAGCCUGCACGUCGACGACAGGGAGCGCAUGGAGCUUCUGGAAGAAGCCAAGAAGAUGGAAAUGGCCAAGUUCCGCUAUAUUCUGCCCGUGUACGGCAUCUGCCGGGAGCCGGUGGGCCUCGUCAUGGAGUACAUGGAGACGGGCUCCCUGGAGAGGCUGCUGGCCUCAGAGCCGCUGCCCUGGGAGCUGCGCCUGCGCGUCGUCCACGAGACGGCCGUGGGCAUGAACUUCCUGCACUGCAUGUCCCCGCCCCUCCUGCACCUGGACCUCAAGCCCGCGAACAUCCUGCUGGACGCCCACUACCACGUCAAGAUCUCUGACUUUGGGCUGGCCAAGUGCAACGGGCUCUCACACUCGCACGACCUCAGCAUGGACGGCCUGUUUGGCACCAUCGCCUACCUGCCCCCAGAGCGCAUCCGGGAGAAGAGCCGGCUGUUCGACACCAAGCACGACGUGUACAGCUUCGCCAUCGUCGUCUGGGGUGUGCUCACGCAGAAGAAGCCCUUUGCAGACGAGAAGAACAUCCUGCACAUCAUGGUGAAGGUGGUGAAGGGCCACCGCCCCGAGCUGCCGCCCGUCUGCCGGCCCCGGCCCCGUGCCUGCAGCACCCUGCUCCGCCUCGUGCAGCGGUGCUGGCAUGACGACCCGCGCGAGCGGCCCACCUUCCACGAAAUCACGGCUGAAACGGAGGACCUGUGUGAGAAACCUGAGGAUGAGGUGAAAGAAACACCACAGGAUCUAGACACAAGAAACCCCCCGGAGCUGAGGAGUGAGGCUGUGCCCGCGUCCACACCCCCGAAGCGGGCCUCGGCCCCGACCUUCGACAACGACUGCAGCCUCUCGGAGCUGCUGUCCCAGCUGGACUCGGGGAUCUCGCAGACCCUCGAGGGCCCCGAGGAGCUCAGCCGCAGCUCCUCCGAGUCCAGGCUCCCCUCGGGCAGCAGCGGCAAGAGGCUCUCGGGGGUCUCCUCUGUCGACUCCGCCUUCUCCUCCAGAGGGUCCCUGUCGCUGUCUUUUGAGCGAGAGACCCCGGCAGGCGAUCUCGGCACGACAGAGCUGCAGAGGAGGAAGCUGGUGGACGCCGUGGUGUCCGGGGACACCGGCAAGCUCAUGAAGAUCCUGCAGCCGCAGGACGUGGACCUGGUCCUGGACGGCGGCGCCAGCCUGCUGCACCUGGCCGUGGGGGCGGGCCAGGAGGAGUGCGUCAAGUGGCUGCUGCUCAACGACGCUGACCCCAGCCUGGCCGACAAGCGGGGCGCCACCCCCCUGCACCUGGCCGUGGAGAAGAAGGCGCGCGGCGUCGUGGAGCUGCUGCUGGCCCGCAAGAUCAGCGUCAGCGCCAAGGACGAGGACCAGUGGACGGCCCUGCACUUCGCGGCCCAGGGCGGGGACGAGGCCAGCGCGCGGCUGCUGCUGGAGAGGAACGCCUCCGUCUGCGAGGCCGACUUCGAGGGCCGGACGCCCCUGCACAUCGCCUGCCAGCACGGGCAGGAGGGCAUCGUGCGCCUGCUGCUGCGCCGUGGUGGGGACGUGGGCCUGCCCAGCAAGGACGCCUGGCUGCCGCUGCACUAUGCGGCCUGGCGCGGCCACCUGCCCGUCGUCAAGCUGCUGGCCAAGCAGCCGGGUGUGAGCGUGGAUGCCCAGACGCUGGACGGCAGGACCCCGCUGCAUCUGGCCGCACAGCGCGGCCACUACCGCGUGGCCCGCCUCCUGCUCGACCUGCACUCGGACGUCAGCCUCCGCACCGGGCUGGGGCAGACGCCCCUGCACGUGGCCGCCGAGACGGGCCACACGAGCACCUCGCGGCUGCUGCUGCACCGUGGCGCUGGCAGGGAGGCGCUGACCGCGGAGGGCUGCACGGCCCUGCACCUGGCCUCGCGGAAUGGACACCUGGCCACCGUCAGGCUGCUGGUGGAAGAGCGGGCCGACAUGUUGGCGCGGGGGCCCUGCAACCAGACGGCGCUGCACCUGGCUGCCGCCCGCGGGCACUCGGAGGUGGUGGAGGCGCUGCUCCGGGCGGACCUCCUCGACCUGCCCGAUGACCUUGGGCGCAGCGCCCUGCACCUGGCCACCCAGGGCCGGCACGCCAAGACGGUGGAGCUGCUGCUCCAGCACGGGGCCCGCCUCCACCCACAGAGCUGCCAGGCCCAGGGCGGCCAGCAGCUGGGGGCCCCGCACGGUCCCGAGGCCACCGUCCUGCGCCGGAGCAAGACCUAGCCCGCCCCCCCACCGGGCCUGGGGGUCUGUGCGGGGUUCUGGUUGCGGGGCAGUGUCCACUGUGGGGACAGAACUGGGCUGCGCUGCUCAGCUGCACUUGUCCAUCGGGGACUUGCCGAGACAUUAGAGGAGUGGGACUGAGGGCAAUGAGGGGCCCGGCUUCGCGAGGUUGCUGCUGCCUGAGGAGCGGGCCGGGGGCCUGCAUGGCGUUGGCUGAUGACCCCUCGCCGACCGCUGGGCCUGCUGCUCAGGCAUCGGUGGGCCGUAGUCGUCUCGUGCCCUUUUUCCCAGUGGUCCUCGCGACGAGGCCGUGGGUGGGACUGCGUCUGCUCUGCCGUGGGCACGGCCACCCCUGGAGGGAGAGGGGGUGCGGACGGGCCGCGUCUUCCGUCUCCAUGCACAGCAGCGGUCCAAGAAUCCUGUGUUAAGAAAACGUUAGCAGUGUUCUCAUUUUAUAAAAUAUCUUUUUGUAGAUGAACACGAUGUCAGCUGUUGUCUUAAGCCCGUCCAGGGUUCUUGAUGUUCUGUAGUCUGUGAGGAAGGAGCGUAGAGUGAUAAGGUUGGUUACAUAUAUUUAAAAACAAUCUUGGGAGCUUUUUUAUAUCUGAAUUUGUUUAUUCUUCAAAUCAGGCCUCCUUGGCAGCCACACACUCCAGCCGUGCUGCUCGCUGUCGUCUGCUUUUUGUCCCUUAGGACAUCUUUUGAAUUCCAGUCAAAUAUGUAAGAAUUGUUAAAAGUGGUGAUUCUGCUGUAGCCAGUUGGGGACUAAAAACAUUGUCAUCUAGCUGGACGAGCUGCCUUACUUCCUUGGUCUCUUUCCAGCUUGCGAUUUUGUCAGGUGGCUGAUGGCACUGCGUGGCCGUGUUUUGGGGUCCCCGAGGCGUUUCCUGGCCUCUCUGCCUUGGGGCCUUGGCUCCUGGGGUGUGACCCCCCCCCGUGGGCUCCAGCAGACACCCCCGCCCCGUUUGGGGAGGGUCUGCAUGUCUGGUCCCCUUACAUCCUUGCCAUGCGUGUCCCGUGUGACACCCUCUGAAUUCUGUUAGAGUAAGUUCAUCGCAGACCCCGGCCGGUGCACACGCGCGUGCCGGCCCGGCGUGCGAGAGGCUGACGCUGACAUACCGUGUAUGUUAACGUGGAUCUGUCUGCGGGAUGUUUCUUUUCCAUGACAGGGAAUAUCCAGACUGUGUGGAAGUGGCUAUGUUUUAAUAGGCCACACCGUGCUGUCACUGUGUUAUGCUACUAUUGUGUGGAGUGUCUGAAAGACCAAAAAAAGUCCUGUUGUCAAUAAAGUACACCUCUACUUCUUUGAA